AUGGCAACCUUGCCCAUGCCCAAUACUGGACCAAGUCGGAGUCGUAAGCUCGAGGAGAAAAGGAUUGCUGAAAAGGAGAAAGCAUUGCGGCUCUCAAAGAUUUUUCUGGAACAGGACAAUGUUGGUCAAGGUAGUGAAGAUGAGGAAGAAAACCACGGUACUGCGCAUAAUCUGGCAGGAGUUAAAGCUCUUCAUGGCAUUGACAAAGUAGUGGAAGGUGGGGCAGUUGUUUUAACACUAAAAGAUCAGAAUAUACUUGCAGAUGGUGACAUCAAUGAAGAGAUUGAUAUGCUUGAGAAUGUUGAACUUGGAGAACAAAAGCAGCGAGAUGAGGCUUACAAGGCUGCAAAGAAGAAAACAGGGAUCUAUGAGGAUAAGUUUAAUGAUGAUCCCAGUGCAGAGAAGAAAAUGUUGCCACAGUAUGAUGACCCCACUGCAGAUGAGGGGUUAGCUUUGGAUGAAAGAGGACGUUUCUCUGGCGAAGCAGAGAAAAAACUUCAAAAGCUUCGUAAAAGGUUAGAGGGUGCUUCCAAUAACAUUCACUUUGAAGAUCUCAAUGCAAUUGGGAAGAUCACAUCAGAUUACUACACUCAAGAAGAAAUGCUUAACUUUAAAAAGCCCAAGAAAAAGAAAUCCUUGCGGAAGAAAGAGAAGUUGGAUUUGGAUGUGCUUGAAGCAGAAGCUCUCUCUUCAGGCUUGGGAGUUGAGGAUCUUGGCUCUUGGAAUGAUGCAAGGAGGCAAGCCAUCAAAGAGGAGCAAGAAAGAGUAGAGGCUGACUUGAGAAAAAAUGCAUACCAGUCAGCUUAUGCUAAAGCCGAUGAGGCAUCAAAAUCACUGCAGAUGGAACAAAUUCUUCCUGUUAAAUUAGAGGAAGAUGAGAAUCCUGUUUUUGCAGAUGAAGAUGAUGAUCUUUAUAAAUCUUUAGAAAGAGCAAGGAAAUUGGCUCUUAAAAAGCAAGAGGAGGAGGCAGCAUCUGGUCCUCAAGCAAUUGCACGUCUUGCCACUACUGCCAGCAGUCAAACUACAGAAGAUAUAAACCCCACAACUGGAAAGUCGCAAGAAAACAAGGUUGUCUUUACAGAGAUGGAGGAGUUUGUUUGGGGUCUCCAGCUUGAUGAAGAAGCCCGUAAGCCUGAAAAUGAAGAUGUUUUUAUGCAAGAAGAUGAAGAGCCAAGAGUUUCCGAUGAAGAAGUAAAAGAUGAGGCUGGUGGAUGGACUGAAGUUAAAGAUAUCAGUAAAGAUGAGCACCUUGCGGAUGAGGACAUGGAGGAGAUAGUUCCAGAUGAAGCUAUCCAUGAAGUUGCAAUUGGGAAAUGGUUAUCAGGUGCGCUGAAGCUGCUUAAAGAUCGAGGAACACUUAAAGAAAGCAUCGAGUGGGGUGGUAGAAACAUGGACAAGAAGAAGAGCAAACUCGUGGGUAUUGUAGAUGAUGAUGAACCAAAGGAGCCUCGUUCAUCCGCUCUAGUCGAUUUUAAAAAGGAGAUUCGCAUUGAGCGGACAGAUGAAUUUGAGCAAAUUGUAAGUGCUUCACUUAACCAGCCAAUCAUUUCUUAUUUUUUUUCUGUAGCACAAAUGGCCUCUCCCUCCCACACACAUAUACAGAUGUCAGUUACAUAA